GUGAAUACAUUAGGCCUUACUUUGUCCAAAGCAUUAAUGAUAAAGCCAGGCUGCAUUUCAUGCACUUAGGCCCGAAGAUCUCCGGCGUGGAGUUAGCUUUCCUGUCGGUGUGGCGGCGUGGAGUUAAAUUAUACUCCUUGGCGUACGAUGACCUUCAGUACAAGAGACAGACUUACGGCAGAUAUAAUGUUCAAGCAUGCAGUACGUCUGGCGUGAUGUCGUUCUACGAAAUUUGCCUGGCGCAUGUCCGCUUCGGGUGGCCGAAGGUCCAGCACAGGGACGGCCUGACCCCGAGGGACCAGUGGGUUGCCUACGAUGGGGUGGACGAGGGUGUGAAGAAGGCACAGUAUUCCCGGCGAAUGGGUCUGGCAGGAGUCAUGGUCUGGGACACCACGAUGGACGACUUCCAGGGCCUCUGCGGCGCUGGCAGGAACCCACUCCUCACCGCCAUAUCAAGGACUCUCAUGGGAGGACAGGGGCCGCGACUGGAGAUGAACAAUUUAACGUCUACGCCUGCUAGGCCACUAGUAGAAAGCUCUCCACAGACCACAGUUACUACUAGUAGUACCAUCAUAACAAAUGCUUCUCCUAGUACUGCUGCUGCUACUCACGACAACAUCAUCUUCCCCACGACGCCCUCCGGACUUCUUGAAACGUCUACUGUCUCGGAACCAGAACAGAUUCCGGUCAGCAUUAAUAUCACUGAAUGCAAGACGGUGGGCUACACGCCUGACCCUCAAAGCUGUUUCCACUUCUACCGCUGUGACCACACGAGAGCUUUUCGAUUCAGCUGUCCCGCCGGGCUACACUGGUACCAAGACCUGCUGCUCUGUAACUGGCCCUCACUAGGCUCCUGUGUGGUCUCGGUGGUAUCUUUCAUUCGCUCGAGGUUCAUCUUGCCUGAAGACGAGGACGAAGUGAUCGUUGAUGAAGCCACAGGAGCUCUAGGCUACUUCAUUCAUUUCAUUUAUGGCUAUUUAGAAUAG